AUGCGCCCGCACUUCCAUCUUCCAUCGCAAAACGAAAAGGCCUCGGUGGCGGCGGAAGCACCUACUUUGUUCCUUCCGCCUUCACCUCUUUCUGCCCGCUCGCUCGCUGCCCGGUUCCUCGGUCACCACCCGAGAUUUGCUCAGCCUGUGAUGGCUUCUUCCGUCGCGAACAUGGCCACCAGUAGUUACCACGCCAGUACCUCUGUCAUCCUCCUCCCAUCACCCACUCCCCCAGGUACCCGCAUGGUAUUCGCUUACAUGAAUUUUUCCCCUGGCAGCUUUAAGUGGCUGAACCUGGCUGACGCUGCGGCUUGGGUCUCCCGAGGGGUGCCCCAGGCAUGA